AAGCCCUUUCGAGUCUCUUUGUCCUUCGCUGGGACUUGAGCGGAGUUAAGUGUUUUUUUACAGUGAGAGAAGAAAGCAAUACGUCUAUGUGUGUUGAAGAAUGGCGAAGGCUCGCAAAGGGAAGAGCGAAGAGCAGAAAGGGGAUAAUUCUGAAGCAGUCGUUCGUCAUCAGAAACUAUGUCUCUCAAUUGACAUGGAAAAGCGUCGAAUUUACGGUUACACAGAGCUUGAUGUAGUUGUACCAGAAAAUGGAAUUUUGGGCUUGCACGCGGAUAAUUUGGUGAUAGACAGUGUAACAGUUGAUGGGGAACCUACAGAAUUUGAAGUUUUCCCGCACUAUUUAGCAUUGGAAAAUGGGGAUAGAUGGUGCUCUGUAUCAUCAACUACUUCAGCUGCUGAUGCGUCUGGUUCAGUUUACUUGUCACAUCUAGAUCGAGAAUUGCUAUCAAAUUUGCUGAUAAUGUGCAAAAAACCUGCGAAGCAUGAUAUUGAAAAACAGGAAAUGCAUUUAGAGAAUGGGGUGAACUCUUCAGCUGAAAACAAUCAGAAUGUGAAGAAGGUCCGUAUUGAUUAUUGGGUAGAGAAAGCUGAAACUGGAAUCCACUUUACUGGUGACGUUCUACAUACUGACAACCAAAUUCGGCGUGCACGAUGCUGGUUCCCCUGCAUGGAUGACAAUUUACAAUGUUGCUGCUAUGAUUUGGAAUUUACAGUGGCCAACAAUCUUGUGGCUGUUAGUACUGGAAGCUUACUUUAUCAGAUCUGGACCAAGGAUGUUCCUGCGCGUAAAACUUUUGUCUACAAACUAAGUACUCCUGUUAGUGCUCGAUGGAUAUCCUUGGCAGUUGCACCAUUUGAAAUUCUUCCUGACCCUAAUGUUACUCAUCUCUCACAUAUUUGUCUACCUGCUGACUUAACAAAACUGCGGCACACUAUAGGAUUUUUUCACAGUGCUUUUAGCUACUAUGAGGACUACCUUUCUGCAUCAUUUCCAUUUGGGUCAUACACGCAAGUUUUUAUUUCUCCUGAGAUGGCAAUAUCUUCAGCAAGUAUAGGAGCCUCCUUGAGCAUCUUCAGUUCUCACUUCCUAUUCGAUGGGAAGGUCAUUAAUAAGACCAUAGAUACAAGGAUUAAACUUGCUUAUGCCCUUGCAAGACAAUGGUUUGGAGUGUAUAUCACCCCAGAAGUGCCAAAUGAUGAUUGGUUGUUGGAUGGUCUUGCUGGUUUCUUGACUGACAUGUUCAUCAAGAGAUUCCUUGGCAAUAAUGAAGCACGCUAUAGGAGAUACAAGGCUAACGUUGCUGUUUGCAGAGCAGACGAUAGUGGUGCAACUGCCUUAAGUGCUGUUGCUGCUUCAAAGAAUUUGUAUGGCACCCAGUGUAUUGGUUUAUUUGGAAAAAUUAGAUCUUGGAAGUCUGUUGCGAUUCUCCAAAUGUUAGAAAAACAGAUGGGACCUGAGUCAUUUCGCAAGAUUCUUCAGCAAAUUGUUUCCCGGGCUCAAGAUGUAAAUCGAUCGUUGAGAACCCUUAGCACAAAAGAGUUCCGGCACCUUGCCAACAAGGUCGGUAAUCUUGAGCGCCCAUUUCUUAAAGAAUUCUUUCCACGUUGGGUCGGAUCAUGUGGCUGUCCAGUGCUGAAGAUGGGAUUCUCCUAUAACAAAAGAAAGAAUAUGGUCGAGCUAGCAAUAUUGAGGGAAUGCACAGCUAGACUCGACUCAAGUGAUACUAUGACUAAUGGUAAGCCUGACUCAGAAAAGCUAGAAGGUGAUGGCUGGCCUGGCAUGAUGAGCAUACGGGUGCAUGAGCUUGAUGGCAUGUACGACCAUCCAAUUCUGCCUAUGACUGGAGAACCCUGGCAGCUUCUUGAAUUUCAGUGUCAUUCUAGACUUGCAGCAAAACGGUUUCAAAAAACCAAAAAGAGUUCUAAACCCGAUGGUUCAGAUGAUAAUGGUGACACUGUGGCUAAUGUAGAUAUGCGUGCAACCUCUGAUUCCCCGUUGUUGUGGCUCCGGGCAGAUCCUGAAUUAGAGUAUCUUGCCGAAAUUCAUUUAAAUCAACCAGUACAGAUGUGGAUAAAUCAAUUGGAGAAGGACAGAGAUGUGGUUGCUCAGGCGCAGGCUAUAGCAACAUUAGAAGCAUUACCGCAACUUUCUUUUUCAGUUGUUAACGCUCUCAACAACUUCCUUAGUGACUCUAAGGCCUUUUGGAGGAAUCGAAUAGAGGCGGCGUUUGCUUUGGCUGGUACAGCAUCAGAGGAAACUGAUUGGGCUGGCUUGACUCAUCUUGUUGCAUUUUAUAAGACUCGAAGAUUUGAUGCCAAUAUUGGACUUCCCAAGCCAAAUGACUUUCAUGAUUUCCAGGAGUACUUUGUACUAGAGGCUAUUCCACAUGCUAUAGCUAUGGUUCGAGCAGCUGACCAGAAAAGCCCUAGGGAAGCUGUUGAAUUUGUUCUACAACUUCUGAAGUACAACGACAACAGUGGAAACCCCUACUCUGAUGUCUUUUGGCUCGCUGCGUUAGUCCAGUCCAUUGGUGAGCUUGAAUUUGGACAGCAGAGCAUUGUCUAUUUAUCAUCCCUUCUCAAGCGAGUUGAUCGGCUCUUGCAAUUUGACAGGUUGAUGCCAAGUUACAAUGGUAUUUUGACAAUUAGCUGCAUCCGAUCUUUGACCCAAAUUGCACUAAAGCUGUCAGAGUUUGUUCCUCUUGAUCGUGUCAUUGAGCUCAUUAAUCCAUUCCGAACUUCGAAGACACUCUGGAAAGUUCGGGUUGAAGCAAGCAGAUCACUUCUUGAUCUUGAGUUCCAGCGCAAUGGGAUUGAUGCUGCAUUGACAUUGUUUAUUAGAUAUUUGGAUGAAGAGCCAACUUUAAGAGGUCAAGUGAAGUUAGGUGUGCAUGCCAUGCGUUUAUGUCAGAUUAGAAAUGAAUCUGAUUUUGACAGUGAUGUGAAGGGUGGAACUCUCGUUGCUUUAUUGCGCCUGCUUGAGAGCCCAACCUCGUUCAACAAUGUUAUUCUACGUCAUUACUUGUUCUGCAUCUUACAAGUCCUUGCUCGAAGAGCACCGACACUGUAUGGAGUGCCAAAAGACGAAACUUUGAGGAUGGGGCAUGCAGCAUUUUGCAGCAAUCUUAAGAAUAUUUUCGCUGAUCUUGUCAAACAGUCUAAACCUCCUGAAUGUCCUCUGGAGAACCUUGAAGAUAUACUUGAUGGUUCAGCCAUUGCAGAAGCUCCUCAUGAAGCAGAUGCUCCUCCGGGCAAUGAAAAUGCAAAAGGUGCUACUAGCUCAGUACCUGAUAGUUUAUUUGUAUCAGAGGUCUGGAAAGACACGGAGGAUGCUUUAUUGAGUAAUGAAAUUACAAACACUGCUACUGGCGCUAUACCGGAUAGUUUGGUUGUUACAGAGGUCCAGAAUGAGGCAGAUUCACUGAAUUUUAGGCAUGGAGUAAUGCAUCCAAUGGGUGACCUCCCACUCGCUAGUUCUGCGGCUCUUAGAGAAGAACCUGUCUUACCUGACAAUGAGCAAACAAAGCCAAUGGUGAGCCUGUUACAUGAGACUGCAGUUAUGUCCAUGGGCCCCCCAGCAGCCGAUAACCUUGGAAUCCGUGAUCAAGGGCAGCCAGUAAUCAAUCUUGGACGAGAUAAUCCAGGAAUUUCUGAACCUUCCAGAGAACCUGAUACUGUUUCUGCAAGUCAUGGAAGAAAGAAGCCUGUUUUCAAGAUUAAAGUGAAAAAAACUGUCACAUCUUCUCGAGCCGAGGAUCAUGAAAAUGCAACGAUGGACAAAUCUCAAGAUGGUUUUCGUGAUGUUGACCGUGGGGCAAGUAGCUCAGUUUCUGUUGAUGCACCUCAAAGAAAUGUUGUUGAAAUAAUGAGCAGUGGUGGUAACCAGUUCCCUGAGGAUGUCAACUCUUGUCAUGAUGUUGGAUCUCAUGUUACUGCCAGCAUUGGAAGUGCCAAAGUUGCAGUUGAAGUUGAAGAGCUAACGAAGGAGUUGCAAUGCACUGCCGAGUCGAGCAAAGUUUCUUUGGGGCCACAACUUGAUGAUCACUUAUCAACGGGUAUCACGAGAUUUGAUGAUCCCGAGGCUGAACCACAUAAAUAUGCAAGUUUACAAUCGCUGACUAUGCCUAACAUUCCAGUUCACGGCAAAGUGAAGGAAAAGAAGAGAGACAGAGGAAAGAAAAGAAAGCUGGAGGGGCGCAAAGAUGAUCCAGAGUACUUGGAGCGAAAAAGGUUAAAGAAGGAGAAGAAACGGAAGGAGAAGGAGUUAACAAAGAUCUUGCAAGACGAGGCAAAGGCUUCAACGUCCUUGGAGAGUCGGAGGAAGAACGAGCAGGGAGGCACUAAAGCAGAGACAAUCAAGAAUGAUCAUAAGACAAGUUUAGUGGAGCAAGAAAGUAGAGAAGAUGAAGCUGAACCCAGACAGGUGAUGAAUGGUGCAGAAGCAAAGGCAACCUCUUCGGGUUUGUCUAGUAGGAACGAGGAUAUUGGGGCUGAAGGAGCAAGCUUGCAGUUGAAACCCGGGGGCUCUAGUGGGGUGAAGUUAAACGUAGAUAGAGGCGAUACGAGUGUAAAUGCUGCGCCACCUACUUCUUCACAUAAAUUUAAAAUUAGGAUUAAAAACCGAACGCUUGGUAAAUCAUGAUUUGUGUGGUAAAUAAAUUUCCUUGUAGAAAUAGGUAAAUUAGUUCUAUUCAAGUGUAGCUUUUAUCAUGCAAGAAAUUUACUUGUAGGAGUCUUAAUUACAUGUACUAAUAAAAAGGUGUGCGCAUUGUUUUGUCUCUA